AUGGACAAUGUUUCUGCAGUAAGAAUUCUCACUCUUUCGGGGAUCAAUGAGACAAUGAAUUACAGAAUUGCUAUCUUCUCACUCACUUUACUGUAUUACAGUCUGAUUUUAGUUUUCAACAUCUCUCUCAUCGCUGUCAUUAUCUCGGAUGAAAACCUGCACGAACCCAUGUACGUCUUGUUGUGCAGUUUUUGCAUCAAUGGACUUUAUGGGACCACGGGGUUCUACCCCAAAUUCCUUUCUGACCUUCUGUCGUCGUCUUCUCCAGAAAUCUCAUACGAAGGAUGCCUUCUACAGGCUUUUGUCAUGUACUCAUUCGCUUGCUGCGAUCUGUCCAUUCUAGCAGUCAUGGCCUACGACAGGUAUCUGGCUAUAUGUCGACCGCUGCACUAUCACUCUCUGAUGUCUCGGAGGAGGCUCUCUCAGCUGGUGUGUGUGUCCUGGCUCACACCUUUCUGCGUCUUCUCCAUCAGUGUCCUGCUCACGUCCAGACUCAAACUAUGUGGUUCAAACCUGCAGAAACUAUUCUGUGUGAACUGGGUCAUUGUCAAACUCGCUUGCUCUGACUCGGACACCGUUUCAAACAAUGUUGUCUCAUAUGCAACAAUUGUGAUUUACGUGUCGCAUGGUCUUUUCAUAAUUUGGACUUACAUGCAUCUCAUUAAAAACUGCGUGAGGUCCAAAGAAGACCGGGUCAAGUUCAUGCAGACAUGUGUGCCCCAUUUAAUUUCUUUACUCACAUUCCUCGUUGUAAUAGUUUUUGAUCUGAUGUACAUGCGGUUCGGCUCCACAGAUUUACCGCAGAGCCUUCAAAACUUCAUCGCUAUAGAAUUCCUCCUCAUCCCUCCACUUAUGAAUCCUCUCAUUUACGGAUUCAAACUGACCAAAAUACGGAAAAAGAUUCUUUGUUUAGUUCAUGUUGGAAAAACAUAA